GCCUGACCUGGGCUUCUUCCACUCGGAUUUGAGUUAUUUGACAUCCUUAGGACACUCGAGCACAUCAGUACUCCGGGAUUCAUAUCAUCGAGUGGCCCCUAGCCUGCAAGACACUUUGCUAUGCCUCAGAUCCGUAAAAAAACGUCCAAGCGAGGGACGACCCACCAACGUCAAAAGUUGAAGCAUAAGGUCUCCCAGGGCAGGAAGAAAGCUAAGAAAGAGGCCCGAAAAGAACAGGCCGCUGGGAAAACCCACAAGAAAUCCAAAAAAGAUCCUGGAACCCCGAAUAAUUUUCCCUACAAGGAUCAAAUACUCGCGGAAGUUGCAGAAUCACGACGUCAAGCCGCAGACGAAAAGCAGCGACGAAAAGAUGAAAAGCGUGCUGCUCUUACUGGACUCGACGUCAAAGACGUCGAGGAUUCUCAAAAAAACACCAUGGAUAUUGAUAUCGAUGAAAAUCAAAAUGACGGACAAGGUUUCGAUGGAAUUAUGUCCAUUCGACCUGCACCUCCAGUGCCACCCAAGAAAAAAACCAUAGAACCGUCGGUAUUAGAACCUGUCAUACCGGUCACUGCAGGACCGCACACUCUCCGCGAGGUGUUGGAAAAAGCGGACGUUUUGCUGCAUGUAGUGGAUGCACGGGAUCCUGCAGCAGGCCUCAGCGAGGCCUUGUUUAAAGAAGCGAAAGGCAAAGUUAUUCUACUCCUCGUGAACAAGAUUGAUUGCAUACCACGGGAAUCUCUGGCAUUAUGGCUCUCCCACUUGCGACUGACGUAUAACACCCUGCCUUUUCGCGUGGCGGAAGCUUUCUUGCCAUCUAAACCCAACCCGCCCCCGGUAUCGAAGAAGACUCCUGUCAAAAUGGACGAUGCGCUUGGCUCAGACGCGCUUUGGCAACAGCUCAGCAAGCUCAAAACCAAAAAAUCUGGCGAUGAAUUGGUUGUGGCCCUGACGGGAGUGACCAAUUCCGGCAAAUCUGCGGUCAUCAAUUCUCUUGCGCGCGCUGAUGUGAUGCCCAUCUACAAUCUCAACUCUGCGAUUUCUGCAAAAGGCCCUUACACGACCACAUCAGCAAGCGAGCUAGUCUUGGAGUUUCCUGACAAAAAGGGGACGAAGCUGCGGCUAAUUGACACCCCUGGAUUGGAGUAUGUCCGUGCGGAGGGCGUAGAAGAGCAGGAAAAGGAAAUGACGAGAGCAAGAGACAUCCUGCUUCGAAGUCGAGGGCGGAUUGAUCGACUCAAAGAUCCGUUGUUUGCUGUUACGCAUAUAGUGUCUCGAGCAGAUACCCAGGAUUUGAUGCUGGCGUAUAGCUUGCCUGCCUUUUCAAAGGGCGACCCGGCCUCAUUCCUUGCUGGGAUGGCACGUGCGAGCGGGCUUAUCAAAAAGCGUGGUGUCCUGGAUCAUGCAGGUGCGGCGCGUAUUGUCCUCAGGGAUUGGAGUAUCGGAAAGUUCGCGAGGUAUACCAUGCCACCAGGGUCAUCGACUAUCUCCUCUUCAACAAAUAAUGAGGGAAUUUUGGCAAUGCUGAAGAGCCGGAAAGAGCUGCGGAAAGCGGAAGACGUGAAACUCAUACAGUUGCAGCCUGGCGAAGCAGAGAAGAGAGAGGUAUCAUUGGACGAUGUUUGGGGUGUUGAUGAAGAAAUCAGUGAGGUCGACGAUGAGGAUGCCGAAGAUGAAGAGGCAGGCGGAGAUGAGGAUGCCGAAGAUGAAGAGGCACGCGGAGAUGAGGACGAGGAUGAGGAUGAGGUCGAGGUCGAUCAAGGCAAUUCUAAGAGUGGUGAGGCUGAGGCUGUGGAUGAUGAUGAAGAGGAUGAAGAGGAGGUACCUGAACUGUUACCCCCGCCCAAGCGAAAGCGAACGGUGUCCUUUGCUGCUGUUCCAGCUGGAGGGAAACGGCUGCGAAGGUCCGGCAAAAACAGUCGUAGAGGCUAAUCAAGUCACCGGUGACUUGCUGUGUAGAGAACAUGACGUACUACAUCACAUGCUGUGUCGACUCGCGUGUGUUUUGAUUCGGACUUGCUUUAAACCGCUCUACAC